AUGCAUACCAAGAGUAUUCUUAUCGGCCUGCUAGGCAUCACGGCUUUUGCCGAAGCCUCAGCUAUCCACCGUCCGUUCGAUCAGAUUAUGAACCGACGAGCGGCCCGAGCCCUCAACACCCGACAGUUCGGCGGUGGUCAGUUCAAUGGCGCCAAAUUUGGUCAAGGUGGCCAGGGCGCCAAUAAUGGCCAGAACCAAGCCAAUCAGAACAACAAUGGUCAAAACGGCGGUAACACCGGAAACCAGAACAAUAACAAUGGUGGCAACAACAACAACCAGGGCUCAUUGACGUUGAACCAAAAUGCCGUCCAGACCGGUUCGCAGUCCAAUGGUAACCCAGAUGCAGCAGAUGGAGAAUCGGCUUCCAAGACCGACAAUGCCAACUUCAUCAACUUCUGUAGCGGUCAGACUUUGACAAAUGGUCUUCAGGUGAAGACAGGUUCAUGUAACGGUAUCCCCAUGGGUAAAAUCCCCUCAACCAGCAAGAUGGUUUCGAGUGUUCUGAUCAACCCUCAACACAACGACAACAUUCAGGCCAACAAGGACUUUAAUAUUCAAGUUCAAGUGGCGAACUUUGCACCCGGUACAUUCACGAAUGCCGCCAACACGUACUACUCUGCGCCUCAGGAUCUAGAUGGCCAAGGACAAAUUAUUGGCCAUACCCACGUUACAGUUCAAGACAUGGGUAACUCUUUGAACCCUACUCAGCCUCUUGAUGCCACCAAGUUCGUUUUCUUCAAGGGUAUCAACGAUGCGGGUAAUAACAAGGGACUUUUGUCGGCUACUGUUACCGGUGGUUUACCCGCUGGUAACUACCGUGUAUGUACCAUGUUCUCUGCCGCUAACCAUCAGCCUGUCCUCAUGCCUGUUGCCCAACGUGGUGCUCAGGAUGAUUGCAAUAAGUUCACUGUUGGUGGCAACAACAACAAUGCUGCCAACGGCAACAAUGCUGCCAAUGGCAACGGUGGAAACGCCGCCAAUGGCAACGCCGCCAACGGAAACGCCGCCAAUGGAGCCAAUGGUAAAGGUGGUAAAGGACAAAGCUCAAGUAAUUCGAACACAAAUAACAGUGCUGGCGGUAAUGCUAACAGCAAAACCCAACAGACUAAGAACCUUGGCGGCGCACCUCCGAGUGUAACAAACUCUGGGGAUGCUAGUAGGCCGUUUGCUGUCAACGGGAAUACGUUUGUGAACCAAGCUGCUGCUAAGCAGAGGGCCUGCGAUAUACAAAACAACAAGUGCAGCGACGCAGCGAACGCUGGUGCUAGUUUCAAACUUUCGGAUUGCCAAGCGCAACUUCAAACUUGCCUCGCGGCAUAG